AUGGCAAAAGAAGAUAAAGGAUAUGCCGUUGGAAUAGACCUUGGAACUACGUACUCUUGUGUUGGUGUGUGGCAAGAACAACAUGGUAGAGUUGAGAUUAUUCACAAUGAUCAUGGCAACAAAAUUACUCCUUCUUUUGUUGCUUUUACUCAUGAUCAUCAAAGAUUGAUUGGUAAUGCUGCUAAAAAUCAAGCUGCCAUAAAUCCUGAAAACACUGUCUUUGAUGCUAAGAGGCUAAUUGGUAGAAAGUUUAGUGAUUCUAUAGUCCAGAAAGAUAUAAUGUUGUGGCCAUUCAAGGUCAUUGCGGGUGUGAAUGAUAAAUCAAUGAUUUCCCUCAAGUAUAAAGGGCAAGAUAAGAGCUUCUGUGCAGAGGAAAUCUCUUCUAUGGUACUUACAAAAAUGCGGGAGAUUGCAGAGGCAUAUUUGGAAUCACCACGAAAAGCCACUAUUAAUGCCGGUGUCAUUGCUGGUCUUAAUGUUUUGAAGAUAAUCAAUGAACCAACUGCUGCAGCUAUUGCAUAUGGCCUUGACAAGAGAAUUAACUGCGUGGGAGAACGGAAUAUUUUUGUGUUUGACCUUGGUGGUGGGACUUUUGAUGUGUCUAUUCUUACUAUCAAGGAUAAGGUCUUUAAAGUUAAGGCUACUGCAGGAAACACUCACCUUGGGGGAGAGGAUUUUGAUAGUAGAAUGGUGAACUAUUUUGUAGAGGAGAUCAAGAGGAAGAAAAAGUUAGACAUUAUUGGGAAUCCAAAAGCCUUGAGGAGGUUGAGAACUGCGUGUGAGAAGGCGAAACGAGCACUUUCUUAUGCUAAUAUGACCAAUGUUGAGGUGGAUGCUUUAUUUCAAGGUGUUGAUUUUUCUUCAUCUAUCACGCGUGCGAAAUUUGAAGAAAUCAAUAUGGAUCUUUUUGACGAAUGUAUGGAGAUUGUCGAGAAGUGUCUUACCGAUGCUAAGAUGGACAAGAGUAACGUUGACGAUGUUGUCCUUGUUGGUGGAUCUUCUAGGAUACCUAAAGUGCAGCAACUAUUGCAGGACUUCUUCCAUGGGAAGGAAUUAUGUAGGAGUAUCAACCCUGAUGAGGCUGUUGCUUAUGGUGCAGCUGUCCAGGCUGCUUUGUUGAGUAAAAGCAUUAAGAAUGGUCCAAACUUGGCUUACCACCUGCUCCUCGCGGCCAUUCUUAUGAUUUUUUCUGCUAUGGAUAAAUCCACUGGCAGUAAGAAUGAGGUUACAAUAACAAAUGACAAAGGAAGGUUUGAUAUGCUUUACAGUAUUUCACUUGGUUAA